AUGGAAAGUGAGUUCAGUCCUCCAAGACGGGAGUAUACGCGGGAGGAGAUCAACCGGUGCUACCUCCGGUGGCAGCAGCUUCGAAAUGAGCACGGGGCGAAUGUGGAGUCGAUGAAGGAGUACCAGUACUACACUGCGGUGUUGCGGAUGGCUGCGAAGCAGCAGCAGCAGCGACAGGCGCAGGCGCAGGCGCAGGCUCAACAGGGGUCUCAGGGACCACAGGCGAGCUAUGGCUCGCCAAAUGGUGGUGGGAAUGGGGCUCCCAAUGGGGCUCCCAAUGGGGUUCCCAAUGGGAUGCCUACUCCAGGUAGUAAUAAUAACGCGUCAAAUGGCAUGGGCAUGGGCAUGGGCAUGGGUAUGAAUAUGAAUAUGGGUAUGAACAUGGGUGCUACAAGGAAUGGUGCUGCUGGAAUGGCGCCAUCUCCAGCAGCAGCAGCAGCAGCACCUGUUCCACCAACUCAACCAACUCAACCAGCCCAACCGGUCCAGGCAGCAGCAGCAGCAGCUGCUGCAAAUACGCCUUCCAGUACCCACUCCAACCCAGCAAAUACAGCAGCCACCGCGUCUUCGGCGUCCCGGUCUUUGUUCACCGACGAACAAUCGCUUCUCUUGAAAGCCCAGAUCCAAUCUCUCAAGAUCAUGGCCAACCACAUGGCCGUACCGCCAGAAAUCAUGAUGGUCAUCGACAGAUCGUUGACCAACCUCCCGGACUUUAAGUCCAUCUUACUUGCAUUGAGCGCUGACUUACAAGCGCAUAACAACGGUGGUGCUACUACUGGUGCUACUACUGGCACUGGCACAAGUACUAGACAGCAGCAGCAGCAGCAGCAACAACAGCAGCCACAGGCUUCUCCACCUGUACGGAAUCAGCAGGCGGCAGCAGCAGCGGCCCAGCAGGCGCAAUCGCCUCCUACCAUUCAAAGAGUUGCCAAACAGCCUGUGCAAUCUCCAGCAGCAGCAGCAGGGGCAGUGGCAGGGGCAGUGGCCGGGACGGAAAGACAAGUUCCAAUGGGAAAACAGUCUCCAAUGGCAAACCAGAUCCCAUCGGCUAGCCAAGCUCCAGCCACGCCUGUAAUAGAAACGCCAGCUCCAGCUCCAGCUCCAGCUCCAGCUCCAGCUCCAGCUCCAGCUCCAGCUCCAGCUCCAGCUCCAGCUCCAGCUCCCGCUCCCGCUCCCAUUCCCGUAAAGGACCAAGAACCUCCAAAACAAGAACCACCAGUGCUUCUUUCAACCUACAAGCAGCAGCACAAGGAUAUAGAAAAAUUCGAGGACGUCUCUUCCCCCUUCAUCAUGGCCGAUUGUUUCUCGUACCCAGAUCAAGGAAUACCCAGUUCGACCCCUCCAAUCAACUAUACAGACCUCCUAAACCAGCAGUUCCUCUCAAUAAUACCCAGUCUGCUACCAACAGGUCUAGACCCCAGAUCGGCAAUGGAGAUAUACCAAACUCUAAUAGCUCUCGAUUUGGAUACCUCGUUGGACUAUUGUCUACAACAGCUUUUGCAAAAUCCAGAUACUAAUUCCAAUUCUGAUUCAAAGACAAGGGAAAAUCUGAUCUUGGACUAUAAUGCAAUGCAACUACUGCCUUUACAAAAGGCAAUCAGAGGUUACGUGCUUUCCUUUGAGUGGUACCAAAGCACUUUGCUUACAAAUAUCCACCCCAACUUCCUAUCCAAGAACCGUAGCUUGAACAUCCAGGACGCGUUGCUGACAAGAGAACUGUUCAGAGCCAGAGAAUUACAACGGUACAAGAAGCAACAGAUGGAGAAAACUUACAAGUUGAACGCUGUCUUGGAACGCUGCAAAUCCCUGCACGACGCAAGAAUAGAUUCCAAAGCCCAACGAGUCAAGUUGGGACACAGGCUAAUUAAUUUACACGCCAAUUUGGAGAAAGAGGAACAAAAGAGAAUCGAAAGAAACGCCAAGCAACGUUUACAAGCUUUGAAGGCCAAUGAUGAAGAAGCAUAUAUUAAAUUAUUAGACCAGACCAAGGAUACAAGAAUUACACACUUGUUAAAGCAAACAAAUGCGUUCUUGGAUUCCUUGACUAAAGCAGUCAAGGAUCAACAAUCUUUCACCAAGGAUAAGAUCGAAUCUCACAUUGACACCAAGGAACUAAGCGAAGAUAUCAUCGGCGAUCGCAACCAAAAUAGCGAUUCAGAUUCGGAUUCCGACUCAGAAGAUAUGGAGCGUGAAAAGAUUGAUUAUUACGAAGUUGCUCACAAGAUUAAGGAAGAAGUGAAACAGCAACCCUCGAUCCUUGUAGGCGGUACUUUGAAAGAAUAUCAACUCAAGGGUUUACAAUGGAUGGUUUCGCUAUUCAACAACCACUUGAACGGUAUCCUAGCAGAUGAGAUGGGUCUUGGUAAGACCAUUCAAACCAUCUCUUUGCUAACGUAUUUGUACGAGAAGAAAGGUAUCCAUGGUCCAUUCUUGGUUAUCGUUCCGUUAUCUACGUUGACUAACUGGAACGCCGAGUUUGACAAAUGGGCUCCAACGCUAAGGAAAAUUGCGUUCAAGGGUCCACCAACUGAACGUAAACCGAAACAAGCCGCUAUCAAGAACCGAGAAUUUGACGUGGUGCUAACAACUUUCGAAUAUAUUAUCAAAGAGCGUCCGUUGUUAUCCAAGAUUAAAUGGGUACACACGAUCAUAGAUGAAGGUCAUAGAAUGAAGAAUGCACAAUCCAAACUUUCUUUAACGUUGAACACUUACUAUCACUCUGAUUACCGUUUAAUCUUGACCGGUACCCCAUUGCAAAAUAAUUUGCCAGAACUUUGGGCUCUAUUGAACUUUGUGCUACCAAAGAUUUUCAACUCUGUCAAAUCCUUUGAUGAAUGGUUCAAUACUCCGUUUGCCAACACUGGUGGCCAGGAUAAGAUUGCCUUAAGCGAAGAAGAGACGUUGUUGAUCAUUAGAAGAUUGCAUAAAGUGUUAAGACCUUUCUUGCUCCGUCGUUUAAAGAAGGAUGUUGAGAAGGAGUUGCCGGAUAAGGUGGAGAAAGUGCUCAAGUGUAAGAUGAGUGCUUUGCAGCAUAAGCUCUACCAACAAAUGUUGAAGCAUCGUCGUCUCUUCAUCUUUGACGACUCAACGCACCAGAAGUUCUCUAGUUCUCGUGGGUUCAACAACCAGAUCAUGCAAUUAAGAAAGAUUUGUAACCAUCCAUUUGUCUUUGAAGAAGUGGAAGACCAGCUAAACCCUACCAGAGAAACAAAUGACAAUAUCUGGAGAAGUGCCGGUAAAUUCGAAUUGUUGGAACGUAUUUUACCGAAAUUCAGGGCAACUGGCCACAGAGUAUUGAUCUUUUUCCAAAUGACCCAAGUGAUGGAUAUCAUGGAGGAUUUCUUGAGGUACUUGGACAUGAAAUACUUGAGAUUGGACGGUCAUACGAAAUCAGAUGAUCGUACCACUUUGUUGAACACGUUUAACGCUCCAGACUCUGAGUAUUUCUGUUUCCUUCUUUCGACAAGGGCCGGUGGUUUGGGUUUGAACUUGCAAACUGCAGAUACGGUUAUUAUCUUUGACACGGAUUGGAAUCCUCAUCAGGAUUUACAAGCUCAAGAUAGAGCUCACAGAAUUGGUCAAAAGAACGAAGUGCGUAUUCUUAGAUUGAUUACAGAUAACUCCGUGGAAGAGGCCAUUCUCGACAAAGCGCAUGCCAAGUUGGACAUUGAUGGUAAAGUUAUUCAAGCUGGUAAGUUCGAUAACAAAUCGACUGCCGAAGAGCAAGAGGCACUAUUGAGACAACUAUUGGAAGCGGAAGAAGAAGAGAAGAAGAGGCGUGAAUUGGGGUUGGAAGAAGACGAGCAACUUGAUGAUAAUGAGUUAAAUGAAAUCUUGGCAAGAAACGAAGAUGAACUCAAAGCGUUCCAAGAGAUAGAUGCAAAGAGAAUCAGAACUCAAAUGGAAAAUGGUAUCACUAGUAGGCUAAUGGAAAACUCGGAGUUGCCCGAAUGCUAUAAUGUUGAUAUAGAAGCCAAACUAGCGGAAGAAGAACAGCAAAAGGUUUUCGUUGGUGGUAGAGGUAACCGUGAAAGGAAAACCACUCACUAUUCAGAAGACUUGUCUGAGGAACAAUGGUUGAAACAGUUUGAAAUCAGUGACAACGAAGAUGAUGAAGGUGGUCCAAAAAGAAGAAGAACUAGAACAGCCGAUAGUGCUAAUAAUGCUAAGAGGGUUAAACUUGAAUCACCAUCCUCAUCGUCGUCGUCGACGACGACGACGAUGGCAACAGGAGCUAAUAACAACGAAGCAGAGGGCCAAGCUGAAGGUCAAGUUGACUCUUCUGCUGCCACUGGUGCUACUCCUGAUGGUGUUGCUGCCGCCGCUAAUGAAAAUACUCCAAAGCUAGAAACAGGAGAUUCCAAUGGAACUGACGUUAAGCAGCACGGCAACACUACUGGUGGUAAAACAUCUGCAAAGACGGCAAAGAAGACUAGUAAAGGUAGAAAGAAGACGUCGUCAAACACUCGUAGGAACGGCAGAAACUACCUGAGGUCAAUAGACAAGAAUGCCAAGCCUUUAAAGGAGAGGCAAGACAUUAGUAAGAAAGCCCGUGAGUUGUACGAUUAUGCGGUUUACUAUAGAAAUUCAGACGACAGAAGACUCUCUGAUAUAUUCCUUGUCAAGCCAUCUAAGAGGCUUUACCCAGACUACUACUUAUUGAUUAAGUACCCAGCCGCAUUCGAAAAUGUUAUGAAACACAUAGAAAUGAACGCCUACGAUUCGCUUAAGCAAGUGGUUGAGGAUUUCCAUUUAAUUUUUGCCAAUGCCAGGAUUUAUAACACGGAGGAUUCGAUUAUCUUUAAGGAUUCUUUGGAAUUGGAGGAUGCUGUAAUUAAAAAGUACAAAGAAAUGACAAACGAUACUGAGGAGAUGGAUUUCACAGAGUUUGAUGAAGAGUAUGCUACUCCUCCUCUAGUCCCUCCAUCUACCAUUGCAUAA